AUGUGGAUCGUUCGUCUCAUCUCGUCCGCCUUCUUCCUCACCGCCAUCGUCCUGUCAAUCCCCCUCGCGUUCGAUGUCGGUGGGAGGACCUGCGGCCUGGCAUUCUCCCUGUCCCUCGCGACCUUCUACUUCUUUCUCUCCGUGCUGAAGCUUACUACCCCGGACCAGUCGCGGAUUCGCUAUUCCUUGAUUGUACUCGUCAGAUCGACACAGUGGCUGGUUGCGCCUGUCUUGCUAAUAUGGGCUUUGAAUAAGUUUUCCGUCGAUUCUGAUAACUCCAGCGGCUGGGUGGAAAGGACAUUUAGUGGGAAGAGAGCACAUGAUACUUCCAUCUACGAGUGGAUAUUUGGUGUCAACGGACUGGUCGAAACGUUGUCACUGGGGAGCUGGGAUCGGCUUCUGAGAUGGUCAACUCCGGUCUUCCAGCUAGCAGAGGGCUUCUGUAGCUUGUUGGUAAUUCAAGCUGCCGGCCAAAUUACAAGAUGGCUCGUCAACAGGGGUGGAAGAAGCGAGAGCUGGAUGAUCUGUCUUCUGGUCAUGUCUGCCUCUGUGAUCUCAAGCUCGAUUUAUUUCCUCUGGCGCGUGCUGCGGUUCCCGGAAAUCAGCAACGUUGAUUCUGCCUUGAUCGGAGUCGCAAUUACAUGCGCGGUAUUUCUCUGUGCAUGGGGUAUCGGUAGCGGCCGGGGGAAUCCAGUGGAAAGCUCUCUUCUAUUUGCCUACGUUGUCCUCUGCAUUUACCAGAUAUUUACCGAUUACCAAUCAUCCACAGCGUCGGCGGCGCCGCCUGCAUCCUCACAACCGGAAUUCCCUCCGCUUCCACCGAUCAUCAUGGCUUCUUACACCACGCUUAUGCACACGCUGUCCUCCCUGCCGUCCAUUAUCCACACUGCAUUCAAUGUCGUGAGCGCCGCUUUCAGUGCUAUUAGUCCGUCCGUUCUGAUAUCUCUACUGUAUCGCCUGUUCGUGCUCUACGCCUCGACAAGAAUCAUCCCCGCUGUGCGAGAAUCCGGCGCUAGGGCUCUAUCCCAAGAAGCGUCUUUAGACGAUUCUGAUGGCGCCGGCCAAGUUUUGGGUCUGUUGAGCUGGUUUUCGCCUUCGAUCCUUAUCGCUGUUUACACCAGCUUGCUGAUGCAACAUUUUGCUGCUCAAUCCAUGGGAACAAGUGGAGAAUGGUGGAAGAGCGCUGGAGCUGCGAGUGGAAACCUUUGGAGAUGGAUCAAUUUAGGGUGCACCAUGGGACUCUACGCCGUCGAGCUAUGGUUGGGAAAGCAAGAUGAUAUCGAUGCCGGUUUGGCCGGUCAUUGGAAGACGGACUGA